GAGGAAAGAGAGAAGUUUAUUGAUUUGAUCAUUUUGAUAAAAUGGCUCCGAAAGGUGCAAAGAGUGUUCCUGUUGCUGGAAAAAAACCCAUCACGAAAAGUGAUAAAAAGUCUAAGAAGAAGAGGUCCGAAUCCUAUGCCAUAUAUAUCUAUAAAGUUUUGAAGCAAGUGCAUCCUGAUACUGGUAUAUCUUCGAAGGCUAUGAGUAUCAUGAAUUCCUUUGUGAAUGAUAUAUUUGAACGCAUUGCCAGUGAAGCCAGUAAACUUGCAGCUUAUUCCAAGACGAAGACUUUAACUUCACGUGAAAUACAGACAGCCGUGCGUCUGUUGCUUCCAGGAGAACUUGCGAAGCAUGCCGUUUCGGAAGGUACGAAAGCAGUAACCAAGUAUACCUCUUCGUAAUAUCUUUUUGUUUUAUAACAUAUGGUGUUUGUGAACACCUUUUCUCGAAGAACUUGUUGGAACUUUUGUAUUUUGUGAAUUGUUUUUGAUAUCAGUCAACAAGGUCAUUCAAUAAAGGAGGAGUAGUAUAAGGACCUACGAGAAGUUCCC